GAGAUGGAACCUGGGCAGCGGCCGGAGCAGGGACCGUGCCCGGACCCGGGGAGCGGGCAGCAGCCGGGGCAGGGACCGUGCCCAGGGAGCGGGCAGCAGUCGGGGGAGAGAGCGAGCCCGGGGAGCGGGCAGCAGCCGGGGCAGGGACCGUGCCCGGGCCCGGGGAGCGAGCAGCAGCCGGGGCAGGGACCGGGCCCGGGGAGCGGGCAGCAGCCGGGGGAGAGAGCAGUCGAGGAGCGAGUGUCGGAGCCGGACAGACUCUCCCGGAAUCUCUUCAUUUGCUCUUUCGGUUGUGGAGCGACCUUCUCUAAGAACUGGCGGCUACUCGCUCACCUGUGCGGGCACACGGGACAGAAACCAUUUUCUUGUGAAUAUGAGGGAUGUGGUAAAAGUUUCACCAGGAAAGGUCAUCUUACACGACACCUUCUGACUCAUGAAAGCGAAAAAACAUUCCGAUGUACAGAUGAAAGAUGCAAUAAGACUUUCACUACAAAGGACAAUUUGAAAAAGCACAUUUCAAGAAAGCAUGACAAUAUAGAAAAACUUUACUUGUGUGAUUUUGAAGGAUGCGGUAGAUCAUUUAAGAAGCAUCAGCAACUCAAAGUUCAUCAAUAUGAACAUACAAAUGUACCACCAUUUAAGUGCAAUUAUGAGGGCUGUGACAAACGUUUCUGUCUACCAAGCAAACUGAAACGUCAUGAAAAGAUACAUGCAGGUUAUUUAUGCAAAGUGGAAUUCUGCUCAUUUAUUGGAAAAACCUGGACAGAGUUACUUAGUCACACACGGAAGCAUCACCGAGACUUUGUUUGUAACCAAUGCAAUAAGAAAUUCAAACGCAAGGCCUUUUUACAAGCGCACCUUAAGACUCACGCUCAAGUGAGGGAAGUCUUCAGAUGUCCCAGGAAAGACUGUGAGAGAACUUACACAACGUCAUUUAAUUUACAUGGCCAUAUUCUAUCAUUUCAUGAGCGACAACGAAAUUUUGUUUGUGGAUACCCUGGCUGUGGGAAAGACUUUUCUAUGAAACAAAGUUUGGAACGUCACUCUGUUGUCCAUGAUCCUAAAAAACAGAAAUUAAAGGGAAAACGACCUCGUCCUAAGCGCGGUCUUGCAUCUCGUCUUACUGGAUAUAUCCCUUCCAAGAACCAAUCAGCUGCUGUGUCAUGUACUUUAACUGAAAUGCUUGAGAAGACUAAAAUGUCUGGAUUAGAAGAAAAAGAUAAGCUAACUCAACCAGUGGGAGCCAAUUAAUGCGAUUUAAGGAAUUAAUAAGGCUAAAAUGUGGACUCUGAACUAAUGCUUCAAUCCAGACUCUGCAAAAUAUAGAGAUUUUCUAAUGUUGCGCAUUUCCACCUUGUUUAAACUUUAAGGUGGAUGCCUCACUGUAUAAUUAUUAAUAUAGUAAAGGUACACAAUCCUUUAUCCGAAAACCACUGGGGUCGGCUGGUUUUGGGAUAUUGAAAUUUUUCAGAUUUCAGAAUGUGACAGUUUGUGAUUUUUUAAAAAGAAAUCUUAGCAAACAGCACACACACCUGUGAGGACCACAAGCCCUGAGACAGAGUUGAUGCCUGCCAGUGCUGGGCCAUGCUGCCAAGUCACAUCUGAGUGACAUGGGUCGAAUGGGUGUGGAAUUGGGUUAACUGUUUGCAUGCCAAAUAUGUUAUGGAGAAAAAAAACUUCUGAUUUUGGAUAAAGAAUUGUGUACCUGUAGGAAGUGGAGUGACUCCUCAGGUUUAUUUUCUUACUUAAAAUACUGUUACACAAAAGUUUAUUACUGCCAUUGUUGUAUAGUAAAACAUAAGUUUUUGACCAUGCUGCUGUAAUUUACCUCGUGACCUUAAUUCACAUUUAAGUCUGACUGAUCCUUUGUCUGUCAACUAUGCCCAUUUAAGACAUGGGCAGUUGUGAUUACUCCAAGUUUACGUCAGACUCAUGAUCAAAGAAUGUUAUGUCUGUAACUUGUUAAAUGAAGAAUUUAGGAAGUGUUUUCAAUUGGUUGUUAAAUCUAAUAAUACAUUUCAG